UUCCGGCACCUUACUGCUCGAAUGGCCGACGCCAAGGUUGCCCUCCUCCUGUCAAAUGAAUUUAAUUCCGUGUCGAUCGAAAUCAUGUAAACGCUCGCUAAUAAUUCGGGUGAAUCGUUGAAACGUUGAGUAGAUCAAUGCGUGGAUCGUGGAGUCGGGGUGUGUCUCCGUGGUUUUAAUCAACAAUAACGCAAGAAGAGAGGCACCGGUGUUUCUUCUCGGAUUGUCGGAUCCACCAAGAGGGUAAUCCUGUUCUUUGCCGGGGGUGCGAGUAACUAGAGCGGCCAACUAGAGCCGUUUGCGACAUCGGGAACCGAGUCGCAAACGAACGAUUCAGUUGAGAAUGCAAUUCAGAUGAUCCGAUGAUAUACUUGACAGCCGAAAUCGACAUUAUGAAUUCGAACAUAGUUAUGGAGGAUAGCAUGAGUGUUAAAUCAAUGGAAUCAGUGGCAACAAGUGACGAAUAUGAAUUUGUAAAUGACAGGGGUAAUGGAAAACAUCAACAAACAUUAAUCAGCGAACUACCAAUGUUAAAAAUUGCUAAUAACGGCAAUUUUGAAGACCUUCAGAAUAAUCUUCGCGAGGUAUUGACAGAAGAUUCAAAGAUGGAAAGCAAUGAUUACAAAAUUGUAAGCAGUACCCAACAAAAUCAACCAAAAUCUAAAAAAGUUGGACAAAGUAAAUUUUAUGAUGUAACUUCAUGUAUGGUUGCAUCUGAAAAGCAAGACAUUAUGAAACCAGAAGAUUAUAUUGAUGAAGAAAUAAAUUCCUUAGCUCAUGUUCAACAAGAAUGUACUAUUUUCAAUGGUGUUACUUAUCUGGGAUCUGCAGCAAUAAAUGCACCUAAAUCAGAAUGUGAAAUACAGCGUAAUAUGAAUAUAUUAAAUGCAGAGCAAUCCCUUAAUUUGGGAAUUAAAGUAUCUGUUUCUGUUCCAAGUAGUUCUCAAGGUUCUGUUGUUUUAUAUGAUGCUGCUACUCAACAACCAAUUGCACAUUAUGAAGUACAACGAAUCUUGUUUUAUGCACGUGGCGAAAGUGUUGGUCCAUGUGCAGCAUGUUUUGCUUUUACAUGGUCGCAUGGGGAUACAUUGGAAUCUGCCAUUUAUCAGUGUCAUGUUUUUCGAUGUGAUAUACCAGAAGCAGUAGGGCAAGUUUCAGCUUGUUUUUCCAAAGCCUUCCAUAGAAUACCACGGUCGAUGACUAGCUCUCUAACAGGAAGUGAUUUCAAUGGUUUCAAUAUUGGAAGUGAAAAAACCAAUUCUCGAGUAUUUAUUUUCGAAGUAACAAUGGAAAUAAAAGAAGAAGAUGGAAAAGGAGGUUUCAGUAUAGUUCCUAAAGAUAGAAAUUGUUUCAAACUUCGAAGUAAUGUAGCUAAACAAGUGUGUUUAAGUAUUCAGCAAGUUUCCAGCAAAGAAGGUGGAAUUACUCUUGAGGUUGAAAGAUGCUUCGGUGUUCUUGUUAGUCCUGGACGCAAUGUCAAACACAGUGAUAUGCGUCUGCUUGAAAUGCAAGUUAAUGCUGGUCCGUUAAUUCAAGAUAAACAAUGUUACAAUAUAUGUGGGCACUGGGAUCCUGCAGAUCCAGCUUUAGAAACUCUUAACAUUGAAACUCCAAGAGAAGGAAAAAUUUACAUGACAGUUGCUGUUGAUUUAGUAAUACGUGGUAUCCGAGAACCUGUUAGGUUCAUAAUAGAAACGUUAGUUAAAGUUUUUCCACAAAAUGAAAGAUUUUGGUACUUUAAUAAACGAAAUCUUGUACAACAAUUUUAUCUUAAUUCAAAAGAAAUAAUAUCUGGAGACGGAACAGAAGUUCACUAUGAAGUACAAAGCAUAGAAACUUCAGGAGAACUGGACAGAAACCGAUUAAAUCUUGCUCUUAAUUUAGCAUCGCUAAUUCGAUCUCCUUCUUUAACUAGUAUUGAUACGCUUACACCCAAGGAAGAAAUAGAUUCAGAUGGAGAUGAACCAAUGUUGAGUGGUACAGGUGAAGUAUCAAAAGAUUGUUCUGCAGACGAAUUAGCUAGUUGGGCAGAAGUGCUAGACAGUUGGCAAAUUAAUGAACAACGUCCAAAGCUUCUUAUAAAACUUACAAAGCAAGGUAUUCCGGAAGCUUUACGCGGAGAAGUAUGGCAACGUUUAAGUAAUUGCGAUAAUUCUCAAGAAAUGAUGGAUAAAUAUAGGACUUUAAUUACUAAAGAAAGCAGUUGCGAGAGUGUUAUUUUAAGAGAUAUUAAUAGAACAUUUCCUGCCCAUGACUUUUUCAAAGAAACAGGUGGUUUGGGACAAGAUUCUUUGUAUAGAAUAAGUAAAGCAUAUGCAGUAUAUGAUGAAGAAGUUGGAUAUUGCCAGGGACUUAGUUUUUUAGUUGCUAGUUUAUUGCUUCACAUGCCGGAGGAACAAGCUUUUUGUGUUUUGGUCAAGUUAAUGUAUGACUAUGGACUAAGAGAUUUAUAUAAGGAUCGAUUUGACAACCUUCAUAUGAGAUUUUAUCAGCUUAACAGAUUAAUAGAGGAUCAGCUGCCAGAACUUUAUAAACACUUUUGCGAUCGUGGUGUAGAAACACACAUGUUUGCUGCACAAUGGUUUCUGACUCUAUUUACAGCCAGAUUUCCACUUUAUCUUGUUUUCCAUAUUCUAGAUGUAUUCCUUUUACAAGGACUUGAUACACUAUUUCAAGUUGCUCUCGCAUUAUUAAUGUUGUGCAAAAAGGAACUACUUCAAUUAGAUUUUGAAAGUAUAUUAAAAUACUUUCGGGUGCAUUUGCCUAAACGUUGUCGAAAUGAAGAAAUAUCACGCUAUGUCAUGAAGUUAGCUUGCUCAGUUACCUUAAAGAAAUUGAAGAAGUAUGAAGCAGAAUUUAUGACGUUAAAAGAAGCGCAAGAAAAUGCGGAUGAGUAUAGCAAUGAAGUGGAACAACUACGCGGUACAGUAGCGAGAAACGAAGAAGAAAAACAGAGAUUAGAAGCCGAAUUGGCUCAAGUUAAGGAAAUGCUACAACGGGAAGUUGCAAGAGCAGAUGCAGAAAGCCGACGAAGCAAUAUUAUUAUUGCUGAAUACAAACAGAUUUGUCAACGUUUGGAAGAUGACUACAAUGCUGCAAAGACAACACUUAGUGAAUUACGAGCUAAAGUUUCAAAAUGUGAUAAGUGUAAAAGUUGCAUAAUGGAUUCGUCCAAUAUAUUAGCAGACAUUGCACAUCCUUUAGAAAAUCGAAUAGAUCCCAUGUUGCACAGAGUCCAAGAGAGAGUACGAGAAUUAGAAUUAGAGUUAGCUCAAACAAAAUUGGCCCACGUUGAAGCUGAAUGCAGAAAUCAGGAUUUGACGCAUCAGUUGCAUGCAACUGCUUCUGAACUUCAAGCAGCGAGAAAUAGUUGGCCGUGGCUUAGUAAAACAUUAUCUAGUAUAAAAGAAGCGGCGAAUAAAAGAGAAGUAAUAGCCCCUUCGUUGAUGAAAGAUUUAAGACGAGAUAGCGCACCUGGAGGUGAAAUGCAUCAUUUGAUACAUUCCCGUAAUCGCGAGACUCGUGAUAAUCUUAAAGAAGUUGUGUGAUUCAGCGAAGUGUCAGAAGAAUUCGUACAUUACGAGAGAAAGACCUACUUGAAAAACAAAUUUGAAUACACAAUGUACGUCCAUGAUUACAUAUAGUAUUUUACUUGACCUGUUUAUAAUAUACACUCGGUAUAUUUUAUGUCAGGUUCCUCACGGACGCUAUUAAUCGCGUGCUUUUAGCGAGGGCAGCUUUAUCUUACAAUUCUGAUAUUAACAUUGAGAUAUUACUUGUCCACAUUUGUUAAUUGUUUUUGUAUACUUAUUUUUACCUAGUUUGGUUUGUAAAUUAUUAAUUUUAUUUGAAGUCUGGCAUCUUAAUGAGAGAUUUCACGAAAUUGAGCGUUCUAAAUAGCGAAAUUGAACGAUAGGACAAGGCAAGAGAUUACAACAGAUGUUAGCGAUAAGUUCACUACAUUUUGUAUGAAACUAGUCUAAGAUGUGGAAAAUAGUAAUAGAAUUUACUGUAUAUAAAUAGCACUCUCAGGCAACUAACAAAUGUAACAGACUGCAGAAAUCAGAGAUUCCACAUUGAAUAAAUUGGAUUAUGUAAAGCAGAUUA